AUGAAGUCUGCACACAUUCUGCUUUUGGCGUUUCUUGCACUGUUCUUAGUGGUGGGGGUAAUAAUCAUGUUGGUCAUAUUUGAUGAGUACUACCACUGCGACAUUACCGGAUGCAAGAAUAAUGUUGCCAAUCGUCAAAGAGUCAUUGAUGAUGUGGAGAUCAAUUCACUUGACUUUGUCGAUACUUCUCUUCAACAUUACUGA